AUGUUUCAGUGUGCUAAAAUUCAAAAAUAUCCGAAGUCGAAUAUAUGGAUCUCAGAAUUACGCGGUGUCUUUGAGCUGUUUACGAAGAUGUCAGCCGAUGCAGGGGCCACUAAUGUUGCCAAUGGAGGGACUCCUCAACCGCGACCACAGAACAAGCGCCUGCAACAAACACAAGCUCAGGUUGAUGAGGUAGUAGAUAUCAUGCGAGUAAACAUGGAGAAAGUUCUGGAGCGCGACGCCAAACUUAGCCAGUUGGAUGAUCGAGCAGGUAGGCUCCGCACCAUAGAUUUAAUGUGUUUGCAUUUUACGGUUCCAAGUCAUACCUUGCUACUUAGAAAUAAAAUUUGGUGUUCGCUACCUCUUUCUGUAAACUGUAAGUAUGUAGCUCUACAAGAAAAAAAUUAAUGACGGGUAUUGAAGUGAUUACCAUUUAAGAUGGGUGAGGGUAAGCGCGUGAGCUGUUAUAAUUGGGCAUUUCGUCCAAAGUUUCAGGUCAGCAGUUCACAUCAUUCCGGGGACGUCAGACUUUAAGUUUAGACUUACAACCCUCAGGUCAGCAAUGAAAAUUCCACUCAGUCUAGGGAAGUUGUGUAUCCGAUUAUUCUCGCGAUAAAUACUCCAUAUAUGUGAUGUAGCCUGCAUAUUAUCUUCAGAAUUGAUUUUUAAAAAGCUGGUGGUCGUUUUAUAACAAUCUUUCGACGUAGGGAGUUAUCUCUGAUCAAAAUGUUUUUGACUUUCCGUGACUCCUAAGAAAGCGUCACAAGAAGUGUAAACAGUAAACUGUUGACACAUUAACACACUUCACUUACUGUCAUUUAUAAAAGCACUGACACAGACCGAUUUUGAAUCAGGAUUUUUUUAUUAAUGAGAGACAAAUAUCUUGGAUAUGCUCAGUGUUCAGAAGAAUGUAUCUCCCAGACAUAGUAAUCGGUGGUCAUGUUCGAUCAUCGUUGUGCCUGAAAAGUAUCAACACCAUGUUUGUGGUGUCGAAGUCAACGUCUUUUCGGUAAUGACUAAAAGUGAAAUUCAGCUAAAUGAAAAUCGCGUCUAUAGAUAUGCUUUCAACUCCCAUGAUACCAGUAUCAAAAUGUAAUCCAUCUCAACAUCUGGGAACUUAUGUGUAAAGACAGGUCAGUUGAUUCAGUUUAAAAAUGCGGAGCUACAAAAAAGAGGAGACAACUCACUCAAUAUUUCUUAUUAACGAAUGGGGUUCAUUGUGAUUUUCAUUCUCACAGAUGCUUUACAGGCAGGCGCUUCACAGUUCGAGGCCAGUGCUGGUAAAUUGAAGAACAAAUAUUGGUGGAAAAAUAUGAAGAUGAAUAUAAUCAUUGGUGCAGUUGUAUUGGUACUCAUAAUAGCACUAGGAUAAUGUUGUGGCACUUAAUGUCGUUGGUGUUGUGUCCUUUUAAAAUGUGAGUGUUAUUUGGUGAGUUAUAUGUCCGCAUAAGUUUCAUAUGCUUCAAUUUUUGUAGAUACAUGAGUAAGGUGCAUUACAAUCAGUCAUUUUUAUUGUAAAGUUUUUGUUCAUAGUGAUUCAUGUUUAUUUGUGCAUACUCUGUUAAACCGAAUUUAUUGCUGACAUAAGCAUUCAGCCAAUCACAAAGUUGAACCUGGCACAUAUAUACAUCAGUUCAAGUUUCCACACCGAAUUAGCACACUGAGAUGAAAUUGUCAGGGUAAAUCGAAGAGCAAUAGAAUUAGUAACAGUAUUAGUGGUAAUAGGGAAGAUUAGGCAUAAAACAUAUAAUUCGAAAAAAUAUGAUGUAGUGAAGUAAAGAACGAGAAAAUGAAUUUAUGGGGAAUUCAGAAACUUAGAUAGAAUCUAAGCUAAGACAAAUUGUAAAUGCACCUGUGCCACUGCGAACGAUUAUGAUCCAUAUCACCCAAAGUCUUACGACUGGCUAAGAUAACCACGUGGACACCAACCAGGUAGUCUCCACCUGACUACAUGGCUCAGUUUAACGAUCAGUAUCUUCACGGACUAUCGACUCAAUAACCACCUGUUCGCAGCGAAAACUUGGAAAGAUUUCCAUUUUAUGCUGAAUGAAAUCAACAGGAUCCACAGAAUAACGCCUAUUAGCUGCAAAAAAGUUUAUUCGCUUUUAGCAUGAGGCGACUGAUCAAUAAGAUGUAUAUUUAAUGUCACUUAAAACUGACUUUUACUCACGUAAUUAUAUCGAUCACAAGACUCCUUGAUAUUGAGAUGAUUCCAGUUAGUGUAGACUGUUCUCAAUAAUAUCGUUCGGUUAAAAAGUAACCGCUCUUUGCAACGAUUGGAUCGGCAAAUUGUAUAACUAAAUAUGUUUAUAUAAAUCUGCACCCCUUGGGUUUAUUUAAGAUUUCCUUCCAAAGAUAAAAGUAUUCUAAGCAUCCUACUUUAUCGGUCCGUUACUCUUAAUGUCAUGGUACUUGAGUGGAUUUAGAUUUUCGGCACUAGCAUCCUUUGCUUUUUGAAUAAAUAAAAACUCCUGCUUGCUUUAGUAUUCGUUUGUGCUGUAUGUUUCGUCACUAUGCUCCUUCUUCAGACAUUAACAUAUAAUUUCCAAAUAAAAGUGAUCGAGAUUCUUUGGUGUUUGGCACAGCGGGAGUUAUUUUAUCUGGAUAUUUCUAAGUAAUACGUAGUAUUUUCUAUGAUCCAGUAAAUAUACGUGUCUUCACACAAAGGUUAAUUUUUAAGACAAGUAUUAUAGAUAAGGUCAGUCAAAAAAGCGUUCUUCCUUGCCUCGCUCUCUAUAUCUCGUUCAUCCUUUACUACGUACUAUAUUAUGAUGAUAAAUUUAUUCAGCUUCAUUGAUCUCUCCAAUAAUUCUGUCCUGAUAUCCAUUCUUUGGUAUAUGUCAUUUUUCUUAACUAGUUUAAAACAGUCGGACCGGAAAAGUUGUUUUUCUAGAAAGCCUAGUUAAAGUUCAGUAACUUUUUAUCAGGUUGAUAAAAUUGUGGCUGGCUGUUUAUCUGAAAACCAUCAAUUGCAGUAUUUGACUAUCCAAAGUUUUUUUUAGUCAAAGUUAACUCAUGUAAACAACAGUUAAAUAUGUCUAUAACCCAGAAAGACAACUCACAAUUCAGUAUCAUCUUCAGAAGUUUCUACAUUUAACUUCUGGUAUAGGGUUCUUAAAUUGUUUUCUGCACAUUUAGCUAAAAGAUUUCUAGUAAUCUGUUAAGAUUGUCACACCCUUUUCGCGGUUUUCACGAUUAUUUUUUGUCAAUUCAUUUUAUACAGGGUAUAUAUUUGGCGGGAAGUAAGUUGUUUUCGCUUAUCUAUUUGACUGUGAUAAUGGAUUUCUUUGUUAAGUGCUUAUCACGGUGUUGCGUGUGUUUAUUAUCAUGAUGUUGACUAGUCGGUCGGCUCUUUUGAUUACUUGGAGUAAUAUCUUAUAUGAUUAUUUUGUUCUGUCAUUGAUUGCAUUUUAGUAAGAACAUAAGAUUUCUGUUUCUGUAUGCGCAAUAACAGAUAACCAUCAUCCUGCACAAACCUGUUCCACAUAUGUCUCUCCCACUUCUCAUUUUUACAUACUUUAUUUAGCUGAUAUUCAGUUUUUAUCAUGUCACUUAACCAAUAAUAAACAUUUGAGGAUUGCUUUAUCAUUUAAGGUGCACAUUGUUAAACUGUUCAUUUAUUAUUGAACAAUCAAAAUUUGUUUGAGACUUAUGUUUAGUGAGUUUUUUAGACAAUUGAGGUGAAGGUAUGCGAUACUGACGAACUUAAAUGAUUUAUCAGCCGAUCAAGAAACUGCCUAAUUACUAAACAAUUAACAGC